AGCUGAGCGAUCCGACCAUUUAAUUCUUCUCUCUCUCUCUCUCUCGCUCAUCAUCAUCUUCUCUCUCUCUCUCUUCUCUCUCUUUCUCUUCUAUGUUGCGCACAGACUAAAAUGUAAAAUAAACGUAACUUCUCUAAGUACUCUUAAAUUUCUUUUUCAUUUUCAUCAUCAUUCUCAUUAUUAUCAUCAGUUUUGAUUCUUUCGUUUAAUUCUUAAACGCUCCCCAUUUUUUAGAUGCCAUUUUUGCCUUAAUCUGUGCUUAAAUUGUUUUCUUCUGUUUUCUUCUCUUUCUUUCAUUUGUUUUCACUCGUCUGAAUUAUCUCGUAAUCAACUAUUUUUGUCCACAUGCAUCACUACAUCCCUAUAUCAGAAUGUUAUACUGGUAAACCUCUUACCCUUAAAGGCUAUCCUAACAGUAAUCAUCAGCUUCCUCCUCCUCAUCCGCACUCAGGUUACCACAAUCAUGGGCCUGGGUAUAAACAGUUACCUAAUAGUCCUGGAGUACAUCAUCACCACCAGCAACAGCAACAACAACAACACCAGAUGACCAGUAAACUGGAAGAAACUACUGCCAAUUAUGAUGUACCUCGUACAAGUGUCUUUACUAAAGUAGCUUUACCUACAAGCAAAUCAGCCAUAAACAACUCGUCAACAUCUCCUAAUUCUAAUGGAAUAAGAAUACCUGAACCCCCGCCAAGGCCACCAAAACCUACCAAAUUUAAUAGUCGAAGUGCAUCAGAAAAUUGUUCCUCGCUUCCAGGGACUAAUAAUUAUUUCACUAGUGGUGAUCAUUCACCGUCAUUACCACUUGAUAAUCAAUGCGAUUUAAUCACACCAACCCAAUUUAAUCCCACCAUCUCUUCUACAAGUACCCUCAACAUUAAUAACAAUAGCAUAUUGAAUAGCCCAGUACCACAGCCUUUAACUCUCGAUGAUGUUUAUGAUUUUCCGAAAUCAGAGCCAGUAUUUAGCAGUUUGAGAAAACCAAUUCCAGCUCCUGGAAACCGAGCUGGUAAGGGUAAUAGCCAUUCGUAUACAAAUGCUCCUCCAGGCCAUUUAAGUAAACCUCCCGUUUUCACUUACGACUAUAAGGGAACUUUGCCAACCUGUUUAGAUGAUAACCAUAUUACAUUUGACUCGGAAACCUCUGACCGAUCCCCUUUAACUCCUAAUUCAGCCUUUGACUCACUUUCGUCCAAUGGAUCCCUUUCCAAAAGUCUUACUCCCCCUGCAGUAAAUCGAGAUCUUAAACCAAGACGAAAAGGAUCUGACUCAGAUGCCAAUUCUUCUCCAACCAGUCCAACUUUUACCCUUUCACCUCCUCCAGCUCAUUUCAAACAUCAUCAGCCUACUGUCAAACCAACAAGAAACUUAAAUGAUACACCACCAAGGGUUCCAUCAAGAGGACGACAAUUUCAACUUCAUACCCGGGACGCAUCGAAUUCAGAUGAAGACAUUAUUAGCUACUCAUCCAAUUUCCACAAGAGAAACUCAUCUACUGACGAUCAGUCUCGUCGAGCAUUUACCAUGCCAAGGAAAUCUCAUAGCGAGUCUCCUAAUGUAACAUAUUUGGACCUUGAUUUACAAGAAAGUAGUGAUAAAGAUUCAUCUCGACCACGUUCAUCAAAUUCCUCUGAUUCCUUCAAGUCAUCAUUAACCCAUUCAAAGGAUCUUAUCGGAGCUUCCAAUUUAAGUGGCUCACAGUCAACUGUUUACAAAAGCAUUGAUUUCGUCGCCACCGAUGCUUUUCGACAAUUAAGAAUAAGUUCACAAAGGUUGAUUGAAAGGGAAUAAGUGCCCAGUGAUUAUAGAAAUCUAUUUUAAUCUUAGUUAUUGGCAUUUACUUUUGCUACUUCCUUAAUCUACUCGCUAACUUUUGCAAAUCAUCACCUUUCUUUUUACUUCUCUUAUUAUAAUCAUGAUUAGUGCCUUUCAUUGUUUCAAAUUCACUUUAAGACCUAUCCAUUUAUUGCCACCAUUUUGCAAAUUUGCCUGCUGAACAGCAAAACUUGAUACGAUAAAGAGAAUAUAUGUUUAUAACUAUAUUUAUAUAUAUUCUUACUGUAAAUUUUUUACAGAUGAUAUAACGAUAAGACUUUACUAGCAACAAAUCUUGAUUAUAACCCUUUAUAAAUAUAAAUAUACAUGCAACAACAAAAGAUAUAGCAAAACAACUUAUUAAUAUAUGUAAACAUUCAUGGUUAUCUAUUUAACUUUUGCUUAUGUUAACUGUGCAAUAAUUGUGCUUUCAUUUUGAUUAAUUAAUCAUGAACAAAUUUUCACACAAAAUUUAUCAUUAUUUUCUGUGUCUCUCUCUCUCACUCUCUUGUUUUCAUCAUCCUGUUCCAAUAAAGAAACAGAAAAAAUUAAGAAUAAUUUUUUUU